AUGAAUGCCGCCGCUCAGAGUGCGACAGACCCUCUGACAGACGAGAUAGUUGGGAACAUCGAUCUCCAGUACUACGGCCCAGUUGGGUUUGGGAACGAUACACAUCCACAGCAGCUCUCAGUGAUCAUAGACACGGGUUCUGCAGACCUCUGGAUCCCUGUUGGCUGUGGCGAUUGCGUGAAUCCACAAUACGAAGCUAAUGCGAGCUCGACGUACACAGACACCGGGAAUUCAUUUAAUGUGACCUACGGAUCCGGUAAUGUAGGAGGCACCCUUGCGCAUGAUACGAUCGGUGUUGGUAGUCUGAAGAUCGAUAAGCAAUACUUUGGUGCUGUCACUCACGUAUCGAGUGACUUCAAUGACGAUCCGAUCUCCGGCCUCAUCGGGCUUAGUUUUAGUUCUAUCGCGGCGUCAGGGAAGCCAACGUUCUUCGAGAACCUGAUCAUGCAGGACAAGGUCUCGGCACCAUUCUUCUCUGUGUAUGUGACAAGAGGAAAGGCGAACGGGUCGACGAUAACUCUUGGAGGUUUCGAUGUGUCGAAGGCAGUGGGACCUUUGACAUGGGUCCCAGUUGUUUCCAAGACUUACUGGACAGUACAAUUCGACGGAGCUGUUGUUGAAGGGAAAAACGUAACUGGUGACCUCCAUGCGGCAAUUGACACAGGUACUACUUUGAUAUACCUCUCGCAGGCUGUGGCAUCCUCGAUCUACGCCAAUAUACCCGGAGCGGGCCCCGCAGCAAAUUAUGACUCUAAUUUCUUCUCCUUUCCAUGCAACUCCAACCCCACGAUUUCAUUAUUACUUGGUGGGCACGACUUCGGCCUUAACCUUCAAGACUUCAAUCUUGGACAAGAGGCAGACGGGUCAAAAAACUGCAUCGGUGGAAUCGUUGGGAUGGACGAUACAUUCAUGGAAGGAUUUGCCAUCAUCGGGGAUGAGUUUCUGAAAUCAUGGUACUCGGUGUAUGACUACUCCCACGGGGCGCGGGUAGGUUUCGCCCCAAAUAUUAAUAACGCGCAGUAG